UCGAAUGAUCGUGCUGUGAUUCCCACACCUUGGAAUGAAGUCAGGCGGACAGCGUUUCUCUUGACGUCAAGGCAGCCUGGAGGUAUUAAAGAAGUCAGCUCCUGCCUCCUGUGUACACUGAGCGAGCAGAAACCCCUUAGAGAAGGACCAAACUCAGCUCCCAGAUCCCCACCUCCUCUCCCUAACUUUCGGAGACUCUAGGCUGUAGCAAAGUGAGGGCUCUACUGCUGCUACAAUGAGGAUUGAAAUGAUUUGGCUGUUGAUCUUCCUCGGUGUUCACGCCAUGUGUUCAGUUUCUACAGCUUACACUGAAACAGUACCAACGGAAGCUGAACUCCUGGAUCAUCUUUAUGUCUUAAAGUUGUUUCAGGCACACCAAGACUAUGGUGACUAUGAGGAUUCAGAAUUUAAGAAAGAAAAACAACUAAAGAGAAAAUAUCCAUAUAUUUUGAAAAGACAAACACGUAUUGGAAAAUCUCGAAGGCCUUACAUACUGAAACGAAAUUCUGUCUUCUUGAUGAAUUAACUAACAUUUGAAUCCAGCCAAAAUUUUCAAGUGAAUAAUAAAGAACAUGAAAUAUCCUCAACAAAGUUUCAAAAGAUAUUUCUUAUGCUUCAGUGAUGGGUACCCUUGAAUCCUAUUUAUGAAAAGAGAAGACACCUGCAUGUUGGGAGAAAUUUUGCAUUUCUGUGCUUUCCGCAAUGGAUAUUGGAUAAUUUUGCAUUGCCAACUUGCAGUCUUUAUUGAUAGAAUUAAGAUGAUGUAAAAGAGCAAGCUGAGCGAGUGCAAUUUCUCAGCAUGUACUCCCAGCAUCAGGGACUCAGAAGCAGAACAUUACAAUCACAUGUUUUCCUUUUAUUUGUUGUGAAAGCAUAGUUGGUUUGAAGUCAUUACACUUGAAAAUGAGAAAACCUUAUAUGAUUAGUGGUGUGAAUAUUGAACUUGAAAAUUAAAUUUUUCUGCAUGACAUUCCUCAGUUAUGGUCAGAAUUGUAUGUUCAGAUAUGCCACUCUUUGCCAAUAAUAUGUCCUGUUUUGUCAUCAAAUUGUACCCAACCAAUCCUCCUUUGACAUAUGUAUUGAGUGCAAAUAUUAA